AAAUGAACUCAUGUUUUUUUUUAUAUUAACAGAGUAUUUCUGAGCCCCUUUCUAAGACAAAAGGAGAUGGUCAUAUAACUAUUGCUCAAAGACCAAAACAUACAACACAUUCACAAAGUAAAGAAGCAUCAGAAGAUCAUACUGUGAAACCUGAAAUACAGAAAGUCAGUCAUGGAAACAGUGAAAUGGAUAUACCAAAGCAUAUCCCGGAGUCUCCUUCUGAGGUGAAAGAAGCUGAUAAUUUACAUGGCACUACUACUGAAGCAAGACAACGACCGGCAAAUGUACAAAUAAAAGCAGCAGAGCCUAUAAUGAAAAUAGAAGGCAGCCGAAACAGCCAUGGAGACAGUGACAAGGCUGAGUCACAGCAGCGUAUUUCGGAGUCUCUUUCUAAGAAGAAAGAAGUUGAUAAUUUACAGGACACUACUACUAAAGCAAGACAAGGAAUGUCAAAUGUACAAAUAAAAGCAGCAGAGCCUGUAGUGAAAAUAGAAGGCGGUCGCGACAACCAUAGCGACAGUUACAAGGCUGAGUCACGGAGUAUUUCUGAGCCUCAUUCUAGCAAGAAAGAAGAUGGUCAUAUAAAUGUUGCUCAAAGACCAAAACAUCCAACACAUUCACAAAUAAAAGAACCAUCAGCAGAUGAUACUGCAAAACCGGAAAUACAGAAAACCAGCCAUAGAGACAGCAAAAUGGACCUACUAAUGCAGCGUAUCCCUGAGUCUCUUCCUGAGAAGAAAGAAGUUGAUAAUGUACCUGGCACCACUACUAAAGCAGGACAACGAAUGGCAAAUGUACAAAUAAAAGCAGCAGAGCCUAUAAUGAAAGUAGAAGGCAGCCGAGACAGCCAUGGUGACAGUGACAAGGCUGAGUCACGGAGUAUUUCUGAGCCUCUUUCUAAGAAGAAAGAAGAUGGUCCUAUAAGUAUUACUCAAAGAAAACAAACAACACAUUCGAAAAUAAAAGAAGCAUCAGAAGUUCAUACUGUGACACCAGAAAUACAGAAAGCCAGUCGUGGAGACAGUGAAAUGGAUAUACCAAUGCAGCGCAUUUCUGAGUCUCUUUCUGAGAAGAAAGAAGUUGAUAAUUUACAGGACACUACUACUAAAGCAAGACAAAGAAAUUCAAAUGUACAAAUAAAAGCAGCAGAGCCUGUAGUCAACAUAGAAGGCGGCCAUGACAGCCAUAGCGACAGUUACAAGGCUGAGUCACGGAGUAUUUCUGAGCCUCGUUCUAACAAGAAGGAAGAUGGUCAUAAAACUAUUGCUAAACGACCAAAACAUACAAAACAUUCACAGAUAAAAGAAACAUCAGCAGAUCAUACUGCAAAACCAGAAAUAAAGAAAGCUAGCCAUAGAGACAGCAAAAUGGGUCUAUUAACGCCUAUGCCUGAGUCUCUUUCUGAGAAGAAAGAUGUUGAUAAUUUACAGGACACUACUACUAAAGCAAGACAACAAAUAUCAAAAGUACAAAUAAAAGCAGCAGAGCCUGUAGUCAACAUAGAAGGCGGCCAUGACAGCCAUAGCAACAGUUACAAGGCUGAGUCACGGCAGAGUAUUUCUGAGCCUCAUUCUAGCAAGAAAGAAGAUGGUCAUAAAACUAUUGCUCAACGACCAAAACAUGGAAAACAUUCACGGAUAAAAGAAGCAUCAGCAGAUCAUACUGCAAAACCAGAAAUACAGAAAGCCAGCCAUAGAGACAGCAAAAUGGAUCUACUAAAGCAGCAUAUGCAUGAGUCUCUUUCUGAGAAGAAAGAAGUUGAUAAUUUACAGGACGCUACUACUAAAGCAAGACAACAAAUGUCAAAAGUACAAAUAAAAGCAGCAGAGCCUGUAGUGAAAAUAGAAGGCGACCGUGACAGCCAUACCGACAGUUACAAGACUGAGUCACAGCAGAGUAUUUCUGAGCCUCAUUCUAGCAAGAAAGAAGAUGGUCAUAAAACUAUUGCUAAACGACCAAAGCAUGCAAAACAUUCACAGAUAAAAGAAGCAUCAGCAGAUCAUACUGCAGAACCAGAAAUACAGGAAGCCAGCCAUAGAGACAGCAAAAUGGAUCUACUAACGCAUAUGUCUGAGUCUCUCUCUGAGAAGAAAGAAGUUGAUAAUUUACAGGACACUACUACUAAAGCAAGACAACAAAUGUCAAAAGUACAAAUAAAAGCAACAGAACCUGUACUGAAAAUAGAAAGUGGCCGCGACAGCCAUAGCGACAGUUACAAGGCUGAGUCACAGCAGAGUAUUUCUGAGCCUCAUUCUAGCAAGAAGGAAGAUGGUCAUAAAACUAUUGCUCAACAACCAGAACAUGCAAAACAUUCACAGAUAAAAGAAGCAUCAGCAGAUCAUACCGCAAAACCAGAAAUAAAGAAAGCUAGUCGUAGAGGCAGAAAAAUGGGUCUAUUAAUGGUAAGAGUAUUCAAAUUUGAAAACUACAUGUACAUUGCAUAUUCACUUUCAAAAUUUACUGUAAAUCUCUUUGAAUGCACAGUUGUUGACCUCAUAAGGUGUGUUUCUGGGAAGAAAGAAGUUGAUAAUGUACAGGACACUACUACUGAAGCAAGACAACAAAUGUCAGAAGUACAAAUAAAAGCAGCAGAGCCUGUAGUGAAAAUAGAAAGCAGCCGUGACAGCCAUAGCGACAGUUACAAGGCUGAGUCACAGAGUAUUUCUGAGCCUCAUUCUAGCAAGAAGGAAGAUGGUCGUAAAACUAUUGCUCAAAGACAAAAACAUGGAACACAUUCACAGAUAAAAGAAGCAUCAGCAGAUCAUACUACAAAACCAGAAGUACAGAAAGCCAGCCAUAGAGACAGCAAAAUGGAUCUACUAACACGAAUUAUUCCUAUGUGUAUGGUUUUGUCUAUGGCAGCAGCAGAGCCUGUAGUGAAAAUAGAAAGCAGCCACAACAGCCAUAGCGACAGUUACAAGGCUGAGUCACAGAGUAUUUCUGAGCCUCAUUCUAGCAAGAAGGAAGAUGGUCAUAAAACUAUUGCUCAAAGACAAAAACAUGGAACACAUUCACGUACAAAAGUAUUACCUGGCAUAGAAGCUCUUCAGUCGUUCAUCCUGGGUGGUGGUCAGGAAAGGCAUUCAGAGAGAAGCAUCCGGAGAGCAGCAGGAAAAGAUGGUGAUGCAGCAUGA